UUAUGGCAGGUAGAAAUGACCUGGCCUCGAGGCCCAAAUGUAAAUGCUGAAAGGGCAUUAACGUCAUUUCUCAAUGUUAGGGUUUUGUCUUUGUCUCUCGCUCGCCCAUUUUUGCAUAAUAGUAGAGAACCUUCAGAAACCCUAAUUUCUCAAACAUUCAGAGGGCACCCGGCAACACCAAAACCACCACCGCCUCUCCUACCUCCCGGAGCCAUGGCCGCCACCGACUCCUCCGCUGCUUCGUCACGCCAGCUUUCGCAGAGGGAGACGGACAUCCAGAUGAUGCUCGCCGCCGACGUUCACCUCGGCACCAAAAACUGCGACUUUCAGAUGGAACGCUACGUCUUCAAGCGCCGCACCGAUGGUAUUUACAUAAUUAACCUUGGAAAGACAUGGGAGAAGCUUCAGCUUGCUGCUAGGAUUAUAGUCGCCAUUGAGAACCCACAGGAUAUCAUCGUUCAGUCCGCCAGGCCUUAUGGCCAGAGGGCAGUUCUAAAGUUUGCUCAAUACACUGGAGCUCAUGCAAUUGCAGGAAGGCACACUCCCGGAACAUUCACUAAUCAGAUGCAGCAAUCCUACAAUGAGCCUCGUCUUCUGAUUCUAACUGAUCCAAGAACAGAUCAUCAGCCUAUCAAGGAAGGUGCUCUUGGAAAUAUUCCAACUAUUGCUUUUUGUGACACUGAUUCUCCAAUGCGGUAUGUUGAUGUCGGGAUCCCUGCCAAUAAUAAGGGGAAGCAUAGCAUUGGUUGUCUCUUUUGGCUAUUAGCAAGGAUGGUACUGCAGAUGCGGGGCACUAUUCGUCCAGGGCACAAGUGGGAUGUAAUGGUGGAUUUAUUCUUCUAUAGAGAACCUGAAGAGGCCAAGCAACAAGAGGAAGAUGAAGCACCACCUGCCCAAGAUUAUGCCAUUUCAGACUUCAAUGCUGCUGGCAUUGGCAGCUUCCCUGCUACUGAUGGCCAAUGGCCUGCUGCAGUCGAACAACCCUGGACUGAAGAAGCUCCACAACCAAUCUCAGCAGCUCCUACUAACUGGACACCAGAAGCAGCUGCUGCAGGAGAUUGGGGUGAGGCUGUUCCAGCUCCUGCUCCAGCUCCAGUUCCACAAGCUGGUGCGCCUCCAGCUCAAGCUUUUCCUCCUGCUACUGGCUGGGACUAGCUUUUGACAAGAGAUUUUAUUCCAUGGUGUCAAAACCAUAGUUUUUCUUCCCCUCGGCUCAGAAACUUCCCAUCCAAGAUUUUAUUUGUUAGAAAAGAAACAUCAUUUACUUGAUAUUGAAUCUCAGUAAAAUUUUGUUUGUUGACAUAUUGAAGGAAACUUCAUCGUUUAAAAUUUAAAUGUAGUAAUUUAAUUGUUUCAUAAAUAGGUUUUUAUACCGUUUGCUAGAAGUGUUGCAUUCUA